AGUGUGAUCUUGGAGUUCAAACACAACGGACGCGAUUGAUCACUCCGUCUGGUUAUUUUUUUUAAUCAUUCUUCACCAAGGAAGAUUGUUUAAAGUUUAUUCUGUUAAAAAUAUAAUUUUUUCGUUUGAAGGAAAAAAAAAGCAGGGAUAAAGUUCUUUUUCUCCUACUUAUAAAUAAACAUUUUUCCCCAAUAAAAAUUCAAUAAUAUUUCCCAAGGUGUAAAUGUUAAAAAAUAUUUGAAAACUUUCGAGGCCUAAAUAGUGGUGAAAUUUUUUUUAAUAUAACUACUCAAAGUGAAAACUCCCGCAGUGUUGAGUGGUGACCAAUCGGAAAAGUAAAACGUCUCUAAAGAAAUCUUGCAGUUUUUGUGCAAAAGAUGGCUCGGACUCUUGGAUCCCUAACAUGGGACUACAUAGUAUUCUUCGUCUUCUUGAUAUUCUCCUCCUUGGUCCCUCUUUGGAGCAGAAUUUUCGGCAAGACACGCGACAAUACAAAAGCAGAUUUUGUAUUUGCCGUUGGCAAAGUCCCAAUUCUCGCCAUGAUGCUGUCCAUUGCACGUGGAACACUUGGCGUGAGAGCUUUCUUGGGAUUCCCGAGUGAAUUAUUCUACAGAGGAUCAGCCAUGUGGGAGACGCUAUACGGCAUGGUGACGGCCUAUCCCGUAGUUCUAUUUGUCUUCAUCCCCGUGUACUAUAGUUUAGGAAUAACAUCUAUUUAUCAGUAUUUAGAUCUUCGAUACAACAGUCGUCUCGUGAGAUGCUUGGCCUCUGUAUCGUUCAUCAUAAGGCAGGUCCUUGCUUUGGGCGUCACAGUCUACACGCCAAGUGUAGCCCUCAAUACAAUAAUUGGUGUGCCUUAUUGGAUGUCCCUUGUUGGCAUAACUGCUGUGGCGAUUCUUUUCACAAUUCUGGGAGGCUUUAAAGCUGCAAUAACAGCCGAUGUAAUUCAGGGUAUAACUAUGAUUGCUGUUUCUAUAGCCAUAAUCAUACAGGGUGUCUAUGAGACGGGUGGUCCGGUUAAAGUGUUCAACGUGGUUAAAGAUGAGGGACGCCUUAAAUUCUUCAACUUCACAGGAGAUUUUACAGUGCGCGUGGAUACAUUGUCUGCCUGGUCAGGACAGCUCUUUAUGUCUCUGAGCCAAUUUGGUUGCUCACAGAAUUUCGUACAACGCUACCUCAGUCUCAAGACAUUCGCCGAAGUGAAGAAGACGAUGCUGUCCAACAUUCCCAUGGUCACGAUCCUAUUCUCACUUUCAUGGAUCGUAGGAAUGGGAGUAUUCUCAACCUAUGUGAACUGUGAUCCCCUCAAAGCGGGCUACACGAAGAAAAUGGAUGAGAUCCUGCCAUUCUUUGUCGAGGAUAAAUUCUCAUACCUCCCAGGAUUUUUGGGGCUCUUCGUAGCGUGUAUUUUCAACGGAGCCCUCAGUAUUGGUGUAUCGAAUAUUAAUUCCCUCGCCACGGUAACAUGGGAGGAUUUCCUGGCACCCUUGCCACAGUUCAAGGGCUUCACAGACAAACAGGAAGUCAACACUAUCAAAUUCCUUGGAUGUGUGUACAGCAUAAUUAUCUUAGGGGUGGCAUUUGGUGUGGGACUCCUCUCGGGGGUGAUUGAAAGUGCCAUGAUAAUGACCUCUGUUACCUCUGGACCUCUUCUUGGUGUCUUCAUACUUGCCAUGAUCUUCCCCAUGUCAAACUGGAAGGGAGCUGCUGCGGGCAUGAUUGCUUCCAAAGUAAUCUGCUUCUGGUUGGCUCUUGGUAGCUUUACUGUGAAUUCAACACAACCUACUGACCUGAUGCCAACGUCCACAGAUGGAUGCUCAAAUGAUACCUUUUCUCAAGGAAUUUCAAAAUCUUCAUCAUCGUGGUUACUCAAUAAUAUGCCCUUGGAAGUGGGAUGGGAUAUGCAAAAUGCUUCCUAUGUUCCCGCAAUGGCUGCUCCUGUGCAUGAUCCAACUACCCUGCAGACUUUCUACUCAAUAUCCUACAUGUACUGGGGCAUCAUUGGAACUUUCGUAACCGUCUUUGUGGGAAUAGUCGUGAGCUGGCUGACUGCAUCCAAGGAUGAUGCAUACGAUUCAAAACUCCUCUUCAAACCAGCACUUAGAUUGUCCCAGUGCAUGCCCGGCAAGGCACGUGAGUACAAAGAUCAGCCUCCAAAGACUGAUUCGUGUCUAGUGAAGGACCAAAAAACUCCGCUUCCGGGUGAGAAGGAUAAUUUUGCGUUUGAAAUUGAAGAUCUCAGUGUGGGGAAUGAGAAGAAGAAAUUCAAUGGUUCCACCAAGGCAAUAAUCGAAGACGUCCAGAAGUUCGAUAAGUACAGUGAGGAAAAAUUGCCACCAAUAAAAAUUUCCAUUGAUAAGGAAAUGGAAAAUGGCUUAGAAUCUGUUCAAAUUAAAAAUUUAGUAGCUGACAAUAAGGCAAAUAUGCCAAAACCAUUGGAAUUGUACAAACGUAUCGAUGAGAAUGGUGUCUGAUUGCAUGAAAUGAAUCUAAAAAAGUGAUUCUCAAAAUAUUUAAAAAGAAAAUUCCACUAUUUCAAUGACUUUCCAUGUGAUUUUUUGUUCUUAUUCGUAAAAAUAGUAAAUCGAUAGUUAUUUUACAGUGAAAUUAAAUUAUUCUACUAAAUGCCUCAAAUGAAAUUUAUAUAAUUUUUGGUCAAGAAAAUGGUAAAGUCGAACUUAUUGACUGUGAUUUUCAAGACGAAUUCUUUUUGUGCUCUAACACAGUAUAAUGCAUGCGAAAUAUUCACAUAAAACUCUUUCUUAAGUAUUAAGUUCUUCAGAAGAUUUAAAGGGACUUUAGUCUCAGUGAGGUUUAAUACUUUGCGGAGGAUUUGCUUCAUUCUUGUGCCUAAAGUUGCGAAUUUGUCUUUAUAGAUUUUUUUUUAAAGUGAAAUAUCUGUACAGAAAAAGUCACGUCUUUAGAGAUAAAAACGAGGAAAAAGCUCCUAAUACGUGAGGAUUAAAAUCUUGAGCCUAUUAGUGGCAUUACUAAAUGCUAGUCCCCGUUAAUUAAUUUAUUUAAACCCACUAAAACAGUAGUUAUCUCAAUUUUAAAAUGACUGACUUCAAACUAAACUUUUUUAGAAUAUAAUUUCGCAUUUUCUAAAUAAAAAAUAACAAAUAAAAUAUUAGUUUUGUUAAUAAAAAAAAAUCAACGACAAAAUUAUCAUCUAAAAAUGAUUUGUGAGCAUUUUGCAUUGUACUGUGUAUUGAUUUAGUUUUUAGCCUCAUGAAAUGAGGAUAAUCCUCAGUCCUGAGAUUAAUUUUAGCAUAUAUACCUAAUUUAAUCAUAGGUAGACGAUUUUCAUUAUAUAAUUUAAUUUAAACAUUCCACGUCGUACAAAGGACGAGAAUAAAUUCAAAACAAUUCUAUAAUUGUCUGUAAAUCUUUUUUU